AUGAAUGUGCACCUUGAAGAUGUCAGCUACAUUUUUGAUAGCUUUGGAAAUAGCGGUACAGUUGGAAAUUUUCAAAAAUCGGUGUUUUCAGUGCAAAUAUUGCUUUUUUAGGUCAAUAGUAAGUUCAAAGCUAAAUUUCGGUUGCACGGGUUCGGUAAAAGUUGAACAAAACUAUAUCAAUUGUUACCUAGAAGAUGUCAGUUACAUAUAUAAUAGCUUUGAAAACUGCGGGAUUGUCGGAAGCUUUUAAAAACCAAUCUUUUCAGAGCGAAUCGCGUUUUUUCAAGCCAAAAUAGAGUUCAAAACGAAAUUUCGGCCGAAUAUGUAGCGUAUAGGUCUCUUCAAACCCCUUUGAAUGUUACAAAACAUACUGUAGUUAUAAUCUAAAAAAGUUUUACACCAAUAUCUAACAGAAGAAAAAUUAGAAAAAUCGUCAACCAUGACCAACUCUCGCCGCAAAGUGCCAAGUUGCACGCGUUCGGAGUGAAAUCUCGAGAUGACGGGUUUAGAAAUUCGAACUUUUUUUUGUGGCAUUGUUUAGAACAUACUACAAGACAUAAUCCAUAUAAGUAAUUACGAUGCGAUUCUAUGCCCACGACCAGGGUGACCGAAAAACCGACUUUCCAAAAACAAAAAUUACCGCAACUCAAAAAUUCCUACAGUAACCGAAGAUGUUAUGUACUAAAAAAGUUCCUAAAAUUUUAUUACCUAUCGAUUGAUAUAUCACUUGCCUAGUAAUACCUCUUCAAUACUUAGAUACGCAGGUGCCCACCUGCCUACCGUAAUCCGGCUACAGUAAGAGGAAAUGGCUCAAAAAGUUGCGUCCGCAUUUCUGAUGAUGGGUUAUCACACUGGAUAAAGUUUCAUCAAAAUCAAAAAAUAAAAUUUUUUUUUGUACCCGUUGCUUUUGAAACUUUUUGAAAAUUACAGAGACAGCGUGUUAAGCAGCGCCUAAACUCGUUUUAAGCAGCGCCUAAACUCGUUUUAAGCAGCGCCUUAACUCGUUUUUGGCAGCGCCUAAACACGUUUUAAGCAGCGCCUAAACGCGUUUUUGGCAGCGCCUAAACACGUUUUUGGCAGCGCCUAAACACGUUUUAAGCAGCGCCUAAACACGUUUUAAGCAGCGCCUAAACACGUUUUGAGCAGCGCCUAAACACGUUUUAAGCAGCGCCUAAACACGUUUUGAGCAGCGCCUAAACUCGUUUUAAGCAGCGCCUAAACGCGUUUUGAGCAGCGCCUAAACACGUUUUAAGCAGCGCCUAAACACGUUUUAAGCAGCGCCCAAACACGUUUUUGGCAGCGCCUAAACACGUUUUUGGCAGCGCCUAAACACGUUUUAAGCAGCGCCUAAACUCGUUUUAAGCAGCGCCUAAACACGUUUUAAGCAGCGCCUAAACACGUUUUUAAGCAGCGCCUAAACACGUUUUUAAGCAGCGCCUAAACACGUUUUUUUGGCAGCGCCUAAACACGUUUUUUUGGCAGCGCCUAAACACGUUUUUUUGGCAGCGCCUAAACACGUUUUUAAGCAGCGCCUAAACACGUUUUAAGCAGCGCCUAAACACGUUUUAAGCAGCGCCUAAACUCGUUUUAAGCAGCGCCUAAACUCGUUUUAAGCAGCGCCUAAACUCGUUUUAAGCAGCGCCUAAACUCGUUUUAAGCAGCGCCUAAACUCGUUUUAAGCAGCGCCUAAACGCGUUUUUGGCAGCGCCUAAACACGUUUUUGGCAGCGCCUAAACACGUCUUCUAGCGCCUGAGAAAAACAAAACCAGUCAAGCCGUACCAUCGGAGCUGGCGGCGAUGUGCAGCAGCUGAGGAGGACAGCAUCUACGUCUUCUCACACCUGAGAAGGACAGAACCAGUCAAGCCGUAUCAGCAUCGGAGCUGGCGGCGAUGUGCUGCCGCUGAGGAGGACAGAACCCCCGUCCUCUCACACCUGAGAAAAAAAAAACCAGUCAAGCCGUACCAUCGGAGCUGGCGGCGAUGUGCUGCAGCUGAUGAAGAUAUCUUCGACGUCUUCAACGUCUUUAAAAAGAUGAACCGUCAGGCCUUCGGCCACAACGUUUUUCUGCACUGUGAACUGAAUCCUAUCGGUUAG